AUGAACUCGAUUCGAGUUGUGCUCUCCGUCUGCGCUGCUUACGCAUACGAGAUGGAACAGUUGGACGCUGAUACAGCGUUUCUUAACAGUGAGUUGGAGGACCGUGUCUACAUGGAGGUACCAAUUGGCGUUGAUAACGCUCAGAACUAUGUGUGCCAGCUGAACAAGGCCAUUUAUGGAUUGAAGCAAGCUGCAAGUGCCUGGAACAAGACCAUUCAUCGUGUAUUUCUUGGGUACUGA